GCAUGCGCGCCCGGCCGCCGGGGUUGGGGACCGGCCGGAGCUCUCCGGUCCCGGUCCCGCUCUUUCCUCUUCGGGAAGCGCUUGGCGGGAGGCCGCGAUGGCGGAGCCGCGGCGGGGAGGCAGCCCGGCCCCGCCGGCGAAGUCCCCGGGGCCGGCUGCCCCUCCCUGCGCCGCCACGGUGAACGGGAGGCGGGAUGGCAACCGGGUGGUGCACCUGGGAGCCCAACUGCAGGCCUGGCCGGAGGAGCUGCUGCGGCAGCGGCGAGGCCGCGACGGCCAGCCUGAGUACCUGGUCCGGUGGAGCAUUGCCAGCUUGGAAGGGAGAGCGGCGGGAGGCAGCGGUGCCUCCGGUGCGGAGACCAAGCCGGAGAGCAUCUCCGUGUGGAUGUCUGCAGAAGAGGUCUGCGCCAGCUGCCCGGCGCUGCUGGGCGAGAGGGGGCUGGAAGGGCAGGGGGGGAAAGGGGAGAAGGCAGCCAGCCCGCUGGCCGCGGACGCCCCGCCGGAGGACGCCUCGCUGCUGGAGAUGAAGGCUGACGUCAGGAGCCUGGUGCAGCGAGCCGGGCGGCAGCUGGCCGAGAGCGGGGCCCCCGAAUCCUCCGUCCUCAACACCAUCCACGUGCUGAGCGCGUACGCCGGCAUCGGCUCGCUGGCGGGCGCCUUCAAGGAGGCGGGGGCCCUCGACCUGCUGAUGAGGAUGCUGUGCCACAAGGAGAAGCGAAUCCGCCGCGGCGCCGGCGAGAUGCUGAGGGCCCUGGCUGCGCACGAUGCAGGGAGCCGGGCCUACGUCCUGCUGUCCCUGAGCCGGCAGGAUGGCAUUGAGCAGCACAUGGACUUUGACAGCCGCUACACCUUGCUGGAGCUGUUUGCUGAGACAACAUCCUCUGAAGAGCACUGCAUGUCCUUUGAGGGGAUUCACCUGCCCCAGCAGAUCCCCGGGAAGCUGCUCUUCGUCCUGGUGAAGCGCUACCUGUGCGUCACUUCUCUCCUGGACAAGCUCAGCGGCGGCGUGGAGCGGGAGGACUGCGCCGAGCCCGGCCUGCUGACGGAGGAGAGGAGCCACGUGAAGCAGGAGUUCGAGUUCAGCAUGGCCGUGGCAAACCUCAUCCUGGAGCUGGUGCACGUGAUGGGCUGGGACCGCAGCCCCAAGCCAGAGCUGCAGCCGCACCACGACCGGCGGCCUCGUGCCACCCACUCCAUCUUCCAGCACAGGGCCGCUCCCUGCACCGCUGCUCAGGCAGCCCUCGCCCCUCCACCGAAAGAGCCCAGCACCUUCAAGACGCGCUCAGCCUUCCCAAGCCGCAGCAGCUACGUGGAGUACGUGCAGGCAAAGCUGGUGCGCGGCAUGCGGGUGCGCAUGCUGGAGGACUACGAGCAGGUCAGCGCAGGCGACGAGGGUGACUUUUGCCAGAGCAACGACGGCACACCGCCUGUGCAGGUGUACUGGCAAGCCCUGGGCUGUACAUACUGGGUUCACUGGCACAUGGUGGAGAUCAUUGGCGCUCCGGGGCAGGAGGAGCACGAGGGCCAGGAGAAGGUGUCCCUCCUGACACGCAACCACAAACUGGCAGCAGUUGCGCAGCCGUUUCUCCGCCAGCCCUUGGGGGGGCUGUACUCUCUGCCUUACCUGGGGGAGCAGCCGCCCGAGGCCGCAGAGGCCCUGAGCCGUGCCGAGUGGUGGGAGCUGCUCUUCUUCGUGAAGAAGCUGGAAGCCCAGGAGCAGAAAGAGCUCUUCUCUCUCAUCCAGCAGGCCCGGGGAGAGCAGCUGUCGGAGGGAGACGAAGAAGCCCUGAUCCGGCUGUCGGUACCCGCGGCGCUGGCCCCGAAGGUGCUGCAGGUCUUGGAGGAGCGGUGCCAGGGCGGCUCUCGGCGCGACCUGCGCGUCUCCCACACCUACACCAAGUACGCCCUCGGUAGGGGGGCCGGGCAGGAUGGCGGGGGGAGCACCGCGGCGUCCCCGAAGGGUGCCGGCUGCAGGAGCGCUGGCCCCGGAGCCCGGGCGGCCGAGGCAGCGGAGGAAGCCCCCGCUGCAGCCCCCGCUGCAGCGGCCAAGGCGGACGCGCAGCUGUUCGGCGAGCUCCUGGAGAGGGAAGGGCUGGCCCUCCCCGAGGUGCCCGAGGAGCAGCUCCGAGCGCUGGGCAGCUCCGAGGGGCUGGGCGAGAGGGGCUCGCCGGCCGAGCUUGCGGCCGCGGUGGCCGCGGGGCAGAGCAGCGGCUCCGCGGUGGGGCUGCGCUCGGCCGGGCUGCGGCACCUGGCGGAGAGCCUGGAGGAGGAGCCCGAGGCGGAGCGGCGAGGCGGCGGAGCCCGGGGCGGGCCGGGCGGCGGGAGCCGCGGGGGAGCCGCGGGGUGCCGCACGGCCCUGCUGCGGGCCGGGGGGGGGCCGGGCUGUCCGGGAGAGGGGCGGGCAGCCCCCCCGGGGCCGAGCCGGCCGCCGGAGAGCCGGGCGGGCGGGGAGGAGGCGGCCGGCAGCGGGGCCGGGAGGCUCCUGCCGAGGCCGUGCCCUGCCCCCCCCGCAGGGAGACGCUGGCGAAGGCGGCGGCGGAGCUGCCGAGCGCCGGGGCGGCGGAGAAGGCGGCGGCGGCGGCGGCGCUGCGGCUGCUGGCCGCGCUCACGGCCAAGCGCGACUGGCGGGCGGCGUGCGGGCCGCGCGGGCCGGCGUGCAGCGGCGCGGCUCCUCCGCCCCGGGGCAGCGGGCCGGGCUGGCGGGGAGGGCGGCGGCCGGGGCGCGGGGCGCGGGCUGGAGCCGCCCGUCGUUGUCGCGGCAGGCGGAGAGGCCCCGCGGGCCCCCGGGGACGUGCGGGCGCUCCUGGGCGGCCCCGGGGACGGCGAGUUGGCCGGGGAGGCGGUGGCGGCGCUGGAGCGGCAGCUCUGCGGCGGAGGCGCCGGCCCCUCGGGCGAGGCGGCCCGGCUGCUGCAGGACCGCGGGUGCUUCGGGCUGGUGCUGCGCAGCUUGGAGCUGCUGGGGGCGGAGAAGCCGGCGAGCCUGAGCGUCCUCCGGAUCCUGAGCGGGUUCCUGGCCGCUUCCCGGGGGGACGCGCUGCCCUGGCACGAGUGUGUGGAGCCCUGUUUGGCCUCGCUGAGCGCCCACAGCAGCGACCGGGAGGUGGUGCGGGAGGUCGUCGGCUUCCUGCACCGCCUGGCCAGCAGCAGCAAGGACUGCGCGGUGGCGAUGUGCCGCCUGGGCGCCCGCGAGACGCUGGCCAAGGCCCUGGCCAAGCAGGGCACGGCUCCGCCGCUGGCGCCAGCCCUGCUCGCCCUGGUGACGGACUGCGAGGAGCACGCCGGCCUCUACCAGAAGCUGACGAGCAGCGUCCUGGCUGGCUGCAUGCAGCUGGUCCUGGGGCAGAUCGAGGAGCACCGCCGGAGCCAGCGGCCCAUCAGCAUCCCCUUGUUCGACGUCUUUCUGCGCAACCUGUGCCGAGGCUCCGGCGUGGAGGUGAAGGAGGACAAGUGUUGGGAGAAGGUGCAGGUCUCCUCCAACCCCCACCGGGCCGGCAAGCUGACGGACAGGAACCCCAAGACCUACUGGGAGUCGAACGGCAGCAGCGGCUCCCACUUCAUCACCGUCCACAUGCAGCGUGGUGUGGUGGUCAGGGAGAUGAGCAUGCUGGUGGCCAGCGAGGACUCCAGCUACAUGCCGGCCCGCGUUGUGGUGCUGGGGGGAGACAGCCCGGCCGCCGUCCGAACCGAGCUCAACGCGGUGACCGUCCUGCCCUCGGACAGCAGAGUGGUCCUGCUGGAGAACAUGACCCGCUUCUGGCCCGUCCUCCAGAUCCGGGUGAAGCGGUGCCAGCAGGGCGGCAUCGACACCCGCGUGCGCGGCAUCGAGGUGCUGGGCCCCAAGCCCACUCUGUGGCCCGUCUUCAAGGAGCAGCUGUGCCGGCGGACGUUCCUCUCCUGCACCGCCCGGGCUCACGCCUGGUGCCAGGAGAUCUGCCGUGACCGGGGGCGACUGCUGCAGCUCUUCGGCAAGCUGAACCGGGCGCUGCGGCACGAGCAGGCCUUCGCCGACCGCUUCCUCCCCGACGACGAGGCGGCCUGGGCCUUGGGCAGGACGUUCUGGGAGGCGCUGGUGACCCCCCUGGUGCAGAGCAUCACCAGCCCAGACCCCCAGGGCGUCAGUCCCCUGGCCUGGCUGCUGAGCGAGUACCUGGAGAGCGCGGAGCUGUCCGGUCACGCCGCGAGCCGUGGCGCCGUCUUCGGCUCCCGCGUGCGGCGCCUGACGCAGCUCCUGGUGCACGUGGACCCCCGCGGCGCGGAGCCGGAGGAGGCGCGAGCAGCCGGCGGGAAGGACGGGAGGGACGAGGAGGUGCCGGCCAGGGCUGCGGAGGCGGCGGCGAAGUCGAGCGGCCUGCGGAGCAUCUGGCGGUGCUGGCGGGACGUGGUGCAGCGGCAGGUGCAGCGGUUCCUGGAGGCGGCAGGGCAGGCGCCGGACCUCGUGGAGCGCUACUGCGGGCUGUACCGGCGGCUGCGCGCCGCCACGGAGGAGCUCUUCGGGCGGCAGGCCGCCUUCGUGCUGGCCCUGGGCCGGGGCUUCGCGGGGGCUCUGCUGCAGCUCCCCUUCCUCACCGCCCUGCACGUGAGCGAGCGGUUCGCCCGCUACCUCGACGGGCGGAUCCGGGAGCUGCGCGGGGCCGCGGGCAGCGCGGAGCCCCCGCAGCGGCUGCAGCAGCUGCUGGAGCCCUUCGCCGUCCUCGGCGGCCUGGAGCUCGCCCACCCCUUCGAGCACUUCUACCGGCACUACCUGGGGGACCGGCUGCUGGCGCAAGGCCCGUCUUGGCUGGAAGGAGCCGUCGCGGAGCAGCUCGGGCUGUGCUUCCCCAGCCGCUUCCCCCAGGAGAUGCUGAGCGACUUGGCCGAGUCGGAGGAGCUGCGGCAGCAGUUUGGCCUCUUCCAGCUGCAGGAGCGGGACAGGCGGCUGCUGGAGCUGGAGGCGGGCCCGGGCGAGGCGCCGGGGCCGGCCUCGGCGGCGGCUGCGCCGGAGGUUGCGCCGGAGGUGAAGGUGCUGGCCCUGUCCCCGCGCUGCUGGCCCGUCCCCCCGUCCUGCUCCAUGGCCGAGCCCGGGAGGUUUUUCUCGGCGGCGCUGAGCUCCCCCCUGGCCGCGUUUGCCGACUUCUGCAGGCGGCGCCAGCUCCGGCCGGGCCGGGCGGGCGCGAAGCCCCGGCGGUUGCAGUGGACGUGGCUGGGCCGUGCCGAGCUGCGCUUCGGGGACUGCGUCCUCCACGUCUCCACGCUGCAGAUGUACAUCCUGCUGCGCUUCAACGACGCCGAGGAGGUGGCUGUGGAGGCCCUGCUGCAGGCGACGGGGCUCCCGGCCGCCCUGGUGCACCAGGCGCUGACGCCGCUGACCCGCAGCGAGGGCGUCCUGGCGCGGAGCCGCACGCCGGGGGCUCCAGGCGUGCUGCGGCUGAACCGGGCAGCCCUGGCCCAGGCCUCCGGCCGCCCCCUGAGGCUGCUGCCCCAGCAGAGGUACCUCCGGGCGGAGAGGGCCGAGGUCGGCAGCCUCGAGAGGAAGAGGAACGUCCUCUGCUGCCUCAUCACCCGCAUCCUCAAGGCGGAGAAGCAGCUCCACAUCGACAACCUGGUGUUCAAGGUGGUUGACGCCUGCCAGAAGGGCGAGCUGGGGCCGAGGCUGCAGUUCCUGAGCUUCUGCUGCCACAGCGUGGACGUGCUGUCCUGCGUCCUGCACCUGCUGAACCAGGGCUACCUCCGGCGCCAGGAGGCGAGGCCUCACGUCUUGGAAUACGUUUCGGCCGAACCCGCAACACCCCCUGCCUCCCAGCUCCAGCCCCAAGUUGCCUUCCAGACUGUCGAGAUCAAGAGAGCAGCAAGCCCAGCCUCUGCUGAAAGGAGACAGACUUUUUCCACCUUCAGGUAGACAAAGACCUGGCUGGACUGGAUGUCUCUGCCUGAAUAUUCGGUGGGUUUUUAUUUUAAAUAAAUGAGCCGAGCUCACCCACUCACA